AUGAAAAAUUUCAGGUUGAAAGAAAAUAAAAACUAUCAUUUAAUUCAGAAAAACACGUCUUACCAAGAAAUGAAUGAUGAUUUUUCAGAAAAUGUGGAUAAAUUGUUGCAGACUGUAUCAAGGGAUGUUUCGGCCAUGCUUGACAAUUCCUCUACGUCAGAAAAUUUGAUGUGCCAGAUAAAUAAUAUUUAUAUGAUAAGCAAUUUCAAUGCUUCUGCUGUAAAAGUGGGUGAAUCGUCAUUUAGAAAAUAUCCCAAAAACAAUACAAAUAAGAAGUCACAGAUUAAAAAAAGCAAAGAAAGUGAAUGUAAUACUUCUGAAGUUAAAUCCACUAAAAUCGGAAUGCCAGAAUACUUCGAAAAAGCGGAAAAUAAGGGGAAAUCUACAUUUAUUUCAAACGUUCCUACGAUUCAAACUACUGAACAUAAUUAUUUAGAUAUUACUUAUCAUUAUCCUUCUAAAACCAAUGUAUAA